UUCCCGAGGGGUAGCUGGCGGCGGCGGUGGUGUGGAUGAGGAGAGCAGUGAGAGCCGCACGGAGCGCGGGGGGGGAUGGUGUGUGAGCGUCUCCACGGGACCUGCUGGAGUUUCCUCCCGUCACACCCUUCCCCCCCUCCUCCCCCCCUCCCUCUCUCUGGGCCUGACUCUCGGUGUUCAUGAAGCCUGAGGCUGGGACUGGCGGCGGCUCCUCCCCAGUGUCCGCCUGAGGGUCCUCCCUCCCUCCGGUUGACUGCCUGCUGUGUGUGUGUGUGUGGGGGGGGAGGAAGGAUCCGCCCAAGGGGAGCAACCGGGUUUUUUAACGGGUUUAAUUAUGGACUACUUAUUAGAUCAUGUCAUCCACUAAUCGAAGCAGGGAUAUUGAGCGGCGAGCUGAGUACCUGCAAGCUGACCAGUGUUUGCCACCUUCCAGUGAUAACUCCAUGGAUAGGAUCUGGUUCAUCAAAGAUGGCUGUGGUCUGGCCUGUGCCAUCGUGACCUGGAUGCUGAUUUUCUACGCAGAGUUUGUUGUUAUUUUUGUCAUGCUAGUUCCAGCAAAAGACUUGUUGUACAGUAUCAUUAAUGGAAUUAUCUUCAAUACACUAGCUUUCCUCGCUUUGGCUUCUCACUCCCGAGCAAUGCUGACGGAUCCUGGUGCAGUACCAAAGGGGAAUGCCACUAAAGAGUUCAUUGAAAGUUUACAGUUGAAGCCGGGCCAAGUGGUAUACAAAUGCCCCAAGUGCUGCAGCAUCAAGCCAGAGCGAGCACAUCAUUGCAGUGUAUGCAAGAGAUGUAUUCGAAAGAUGGAUCACCACUGCCCAUGGGUUAACAACUGUGUGGGAGAGAAUAACCAGAAAUACUUUGUGUUGUUUACAAUGUACAUAGCUUUGAUAUCACUACAUGCCCUUAUCAUGGUUUGCUUUCACUUUCUGUAUUGCUUUGAAGAAGAGUGGACAAAAUGCAGCUCAUUCUCGCCACCAUCCACAGUGAUACUUCUCAUUCUACUGUGCUUUGAGGGUCUUCUGUUCCUUAUUUUCACAGCCGUCAUGUUUGGCACCCAAGUACAUUCUAUCUGCUCAGAUGAAACGGGAAUAGAGCAGUUGAAAAAGGAAGAGAGAAGAUGGGCUAAAAAAACAAAAUGGAUGAAUAUGAAAGCUGUGUUCGGUCAUCCAUUUUCAAUAGAAUGGCUCAGUCCAUUCGCAACUCCAGAUCAAGGGAAGGUAGACCCGUACCAGUAUGUGGUCUGAGUCAUCCUAGGCCAGCAAUCCAAUUCAAACUGGUUACUUAAUAACUAUUUUCACAAGUACCAGUCAUAACUUACUAUAUAAGUUAUUUACAAGCGACUGUAUCCUUCCUGAUCCAAGUGUUUUUUUAGAAGCAUGGAUGAUGAAAAAGGUGCACGCCAUGGUUCGACUUUAUUCCAGCAGUCUUUGAUCCAUGAAAAUAAUAAGACAGUAAAAUGUCAAACUUCCUUUUCUCCGACACUGGGAUAUUGUAUGAUACAAGCAGGCUUCUAAAGUCUGCAGUUUGAGCUGUAAAAUUGAAAUAAAGGAAGCUGAAGUAAAUCAAGUGAUUGAAAGUACUGUUAAGGAUCAGGCAUCCUUCUGAAACUUCAGGAUAUAUAAUAGGGUCUGGAUUAAUUCUUUAGACUUGAUUUGCCUUUAUUGAUUUAUACCUAAACGUUCUGUAGCAGUUACAGUUCUGAAGUAUAAGCUGCCUUUAUUAACCUGGUAUUACAGUAAUUAUUGAGUGCUAUGGGGUGUUGCUAAGGUGUGCAAAUGCUAAUCACAGAUGAGAUGAAACUGCUUGCUUAAAUUUUCUGUCCCUACUUUGUAGCCUUCAAAAUGCUGACUUCCUGAUCUUACUCUGUCCUGUAUUUGCUCUUGUGUGAAUAAUUUACACUCUGGUUCACUUGAUCCAUAGUGGGAGAGUGGUGUGCCCUGGCCUUGCCCCCUCAGUGUUGGUCUUGUGCGAUCCACGUUAUACCAAAGAAGCAGAUGACCCUCCUUGUUAGGAAAUCACUUGGCCUUUUAAACUGACCGUUACUAAACAAAUCCUGUAAAAUGAAGAUUGAUAAUCAAGGUUAUGGAAAGAGCUUUUAAUGCAAUGGUGUAUCCACUGAUAUUGGUUCACACCUGAUGGCAUUGCUCUUCCUCCACUUCUUUUCAUGGUGUACAUGUUUGUGACAAAGGAUUUCAUCUAAUUUAUGUGGCCAUCCAGUUUUGUGAUGUGCCAAAAUCAUUGUUACGUGGACUGUCAACAUGAUACAAUUUCUUUUGCAUCUUUUAAAAUUACUUUUUUCGGAUGUUAAUUUUUAUAACUCUUGUCUGACCCAUCUCCAUUUUCCUUGUCCUUAGCAUGUUAAGUCAACAUAACAAUGAAUAUGCUAAGAACUUUAGUUAUUAAUCCUACAAGCUUGUCCAUAAUGUUAAACUAUUAUUGCUUGAUGUUGUCCUGUAUAAAUUUAUUCAUCCCUAAUAUUUGCAGUUUUCAGCAGACAGAGUAAAUUCAGUCUUCCAAACACUGUAGGCAAAAUGGCUUUUUUAUACACAUUCAGAAGUUACAUUUAAAAGCAUGACAUUUUUAAAAAAUCUUUUUAAAGAAAAAUUCCGUCUAUUACCUCAUUUAUUUUUAAACAUUGUUGUGGAUUUUUUUCAAUGUUUUUCCAAGCUGUCAUUUCUUUCCUUAAAUUGGAACAGGAAUAGGCAAAUCAGUUGCUCAGGACUGUCCCGCCAUUCAUGUACCUUACCCAACAAGAAUAUAUAGAUUUGUCUUUUUACAGCUUAAAUUGAACCAGUGUCCAUGAUGUGCUAAUGUGAUGAAAACAUUGCUUCUUGUCAUAUCAGUCCACAAGUACAACUUUAAAACUGAGAACUGGGAUUGAAGUGAAGUGAUUCCUAGGGCUUGGUGUUGACUUUGUUCCUGACCAACCCUACCAAACAGCAAGUUUUUAUAGCCAUUCUGUGGCAAUGCUCCCAUGUUCACAAUCUAUUCGUGCCAUAAACAGAGGGCUUUAUUCAGAAUAGGCUAAUGUUAGGGCUAGAUCAAAUUUUGUUCAAGAUUCUGUUUUGUCUUUUUAAUUAUUUGCAUUCCCAAAUGUUUAUUUUGAAGUUGUUAAUUCUUGAUGCAUUUAGUCAAGUUUAUAGACAUGCAUGGGUACAUACAAAAUGGCCACAAAAAAGAUUGAAAUUGCAUCUUUAAAUCUCCAUCAGCUCAAUCCAAUGGCUGUGUCUAAAUGUAUUGAAGACCUCUUCUUACUGAAACUCCAGUUAAGUGUUGGUCAGUUUCAGCCAUGGUGGUUUCUGAAGCUCCCAGAAUAGAAAACCGGAAAAUCCUCUUUUUUUUUUUGUUGAGCACUGCAAUGUAGUCCGUACAUUGGAUAGUGUAGUGAUGCACUCUAGACCCAUUUUAAAAACUGUUACUUGCUGAAGGUUCUGUCAGGGCAGGUAGUACAUGAACAAUUGUACCCUAGCAUAUAUAUAUACCUCGUAAAAGUAGUAGACUGUAGUUUGAGGACUGCUAGUAUGAAGUUUUUGUUUUAAAACAGGCCAGAAUUAGAGGAGUACCUCAAUAAAUAUCAUCGUUAUUGUCUUUGUAUAUCGUGGGAUUUUGGAGAUAUUGUCUUCUAAUAAAUGCAAGAAGAUUUGAAUUAAUACACGUGCACAUUUGAGUUUUUUUAAAAUUCACGACCCAACAUGUUGGAUGCUUUUAAGAGUUGAGCAGUUCUAAAAUUGGAUUGUAACUUUGAUGUGGGAAUAGAACUUAACUAAACAAAUUGAGCUUUUGUUUAAAAAAUUUUAAAAUUGCUGUGAAAAGAAGACAUCUCCUGCAAUGCUGGAAUCCAGAAAAUGAAUAUUCGUGUAUUACUUGGGCCAUCCGAGGCAUUACUUAAAAUCAAGUCAACAAAACUCAAGGUUUUAGUCUUGCAUUAAAGCUGCCAAUUGAAUUUGCUUUGCAGAAAUAAUAUAUAACUGAUUUAAAUGUUUUGUUAUAUAACAGCAUUGCCAAAAAUGCAAUUAGAUCAUUAUUUCUGAAUCUUGUGACCUCUGUAUAUUUGGGAGAAAACAAAACUACAUCUGAAGAAUACAUUUAACAUGGGGCUUGGGAUUUUUGUGUUUGUCUAAUUGUUUGCUUCAGAUGCAAUCUGAAUACUGUGUGAGUUGGGUGCUAUUACUGAAUAAAUAAAACAUUUUACAAAUAA